AUGUUGGGGAACAGUAUUGGUGACAUGGUCAAAUGUUGGAAGACUAUGAAUGACAACUUAAAGUUACAAUUGGGUAAUAUUAGAGCUUCUUUUCGAAAGAGUUUUUAUGAAGUUGAGCGCGCCCACGUAAGUCCAUUUUACAAUAAUUUACGUGGUUCAGUGUCUCGAGAUGCAUUGAGACGCAUUGCUGAAGAGUUAAAACGAGUUAAUUAUGUUGGAACUAACAAGGAAAUAUACUGUUGUACUCUUAGAACAACCUACAGACUACCUUGUGCUUGUGAGUUGAUAGGAUAUAAAAUUGAUGGUAUACCGAUACCAAUAGAUGAUGUACAUGUUCAUUGGAGAAAACUAAGUAUGGAAGUUAAGUUGGAUGAAGACGUAGAUGAUGGAUCAGAGGUGGAUAUGAGUAGUGUAAUAGAUGAGUUAUGGAAAAGGUUUAAGUCAAUGGAUGUUGUUGGGAAAAGGGCAUUAAAAAGUAGGGUUUUUGAACUUGUCUUCCCUACAAUGACUUCUAUGUGUCCACCACCUGAGAAAAUAAAAACUAAAGGGGGAGUCAAGAAGAAAGACAAAAAAUCAGUAGGAUAUGAUGUUUAUAGAGACCCUUCGUAUCACGAGUAUAUUGAUCAAGCAUCUCAAUCUUCACAGAUGCAAUCUCAACCAUCACAAACUUCAAAGAAGUUGAAAUUAUCACAGUCUUCACAAAAGAAAUCUCAACCAUCACAAGCUUCGAAGAAAGUCAUUGCUUCAUUGCAUGGAUUUGGUGAAGAUGGUUGGUCAAUGGUUCGUCGAGACUUGGGGUUGGAAAUAAUACAUAAUGAAAGAUCAAGUUUGUAUGCCAAUUUAUUUACUGAUCAGUUAGCAGUGGUGAAAGAAUCUUUGAUGAUAGAAGAAGUCGGUCCUCAACCACCACAUAAAUGGUUAACUCUACCAGAUACGGGUUACGUGAUAACGAAUUGUUAUAAUGUUGUACUUGUCUGUUUAGGAAUUGAAUGUUGGACUUUCUUCCCUAUGACAACUUCAUUUUUACCAAAUGUAGCAAUUUACUGCAUUGGUUUUGUAAACAGAAAUCAUUGGGUUCAGGUAAACAUGAAAGAAGGGUUUCCAUUGCCACCGGUGACAGUAGAUUGGAAGAAUUUUCGUUCUCCAACAGCAACAUCUUGGAUGCUAGAAUUUGCACGACGUCUACAACAUUGGCAACAACUUACGCCUAUAUUACCAACGCAUUAUACAUUAUAA